ACGGGCGCUAACACUGGCGGCAAGAGCACCCUGCUGAGGGCAACAGGUGCCGCUUGCCUUGCUCAGCGCCCCUCCCACAUGCCCCCGGCGCAGAUGGGCUGCUACGUGCCCGCCGCCGCAGCCCAGCUGGCGCCUGUGGACCGCAUCUUCACACGCAUCGGCGCCCAGGACCGCAUCUUCCGCGGCGAGUCCACCUUUGCCGUGGAGAUGCUGGAGGCGGCCUCCCUGCUGCGCCACUCCACCCCCGCCUCCCUCCUGGUGUUGGAUGAGCUGGGGCGGGGC